UAUAUAAACUUAGAAGGGAAGCAAAAACCCUUCACCAUAUUCAGCAGCAGCCUCCGCAGUAGGGUUUACUAUCAUUUCCCUUUCUACCAUCUCCAAUUCCUCCAACUCAAACUCAAGCGAGACAACGAUGGCACAAUCCCUAGAACUGUUGUUGAUUCAAUUCUUAAUGCCAGACAACGAUGCAAGGAGGCAAGCGGAGGAUCAAAUUAAGCGGCUGGCGAAGGAUCCGCAAGUCGUUCCGGCUCUCGUUCAGCACCUUCGCACCGCCAAGACUCCCAACGUCCGUCAGCUCGCCGCAGUUCUCCUAAGGAAGAAGAUCACUGGACACUGGGCUAAGCUCGCUCCUCAGGUUAAGCAACUUGUCAAGCAGUCCCUCAUUGAAAGCAUCACAAUGGAACAUAGUCGACCGGUGAGGCGAGCCAGCGCGAAUGUAGUGAGUAUAGUUGCGAAAUACGCUGUUCCAGCCGGAGAAUGGCCUGAUCUGCUGCCGUUUCUGUUUCAGUGUAGUCAAAGUCCACAGGAAGAUCAUAGAGAAGUGGCUUUGAUCCUUUUCAGCUCUUUGACUGAAACAAUUGGGAGCACCUUUAGACCUCAUUUUGCAGACCUGCAAGCACUUCUGCUCAAGUGCUUGCAGGAUGAGACAAGCAAUCGUGUCAGAGUUGCUGCCCUAAAGGCAGUGGGAUCAUUUCUUGAAUUCACAAAUGAUGGGGCUGAAGUGGUCAAGUUUCGGGAAUUCAUUCCUAGCAUUUUAAAUGUAUCAAGACAAUGCCUUUCUGCUGGUGAGGAGGAUGUUGCUAUUAUUGCUUUUGAAAUUUUUGAUGAGCUUAUUGAGUCUCCUGCUCCUCUUCUUGGUGAUUCUGUUAAAUCCAUUGUCCAGUUCUCUCUUGAAGUUAGUUCAAACCAGAAUUUGGAAUCUAAUACUCGCCACCAGGCUAUUCAAAUAAUUUCGUGGCUAGCUAAGUACAAAGCCAAUUCCCUAAAAAAGCAGAAGCUGGUCACAUCUAUUCUGCAAGUAAUGUGCCCUUUGCUAGCAGAAUCAUCCAAUGAGGAUGAAGAUGAUGAUCUUGCUCCUGAUCGAGCUGCAGCAGAAGUUAUUGACACAAUGGCCAUGAAUCUCUCUAAGCAUGUAUUUCCUCUUGUGUUUGAGUUUGCUUCUGUAAGCAGUCAGAAUGCAAAUCCGAAGUUUAGGGAGGCUUCUGUCACAGCAUUAGGUAUUGUUUCAGAGGGUUGUGCAGAGCUGAUGAAGGAUAAGUUGGAGCCUGUUCUUCAGAUUGUUUUAGGAGCAUUGAGGGACCCAGAGCAAAUGGUUAGGGGGGCUGCCUCUUUUGCAUUGGGCCAAUUCGCAGAACAUUUGCAGCCUGAAAUUAUCUCUCAUUAUGCUAGUGUUCUUCCAUGCAUUCUCGCAGCUUUGGAGGAUGUCUCUGAUGAAGUGAAGGAAAAGUCAUAUUACGCUUUGGCGGCUUUUUGUGAAGAUAUGGGCAUGGAAAUUCUGCCUUUUCUUGAUCCUCUAAUGGGAAAGCUACUGGCCGCCCUCCAAAAUAGUUCCCGCAAUUUGCAAGAAACAUGCAUGUCUGCAAUUGGUUCCGUUGCAGCUGCUGCUGAGCAAGCUUUCAUUCCAUAUGCUGAAAGGGUUCUGGAGAUGAUGAAAGUAUUCAUGGUUCUUACCAAUGAUGAGGAUUUGCGUGCCCGGGCAAGAGCUACAGAGCUUGUUGGAAUUGUUGCAAUGUCUGUUGGAAGAGCAAGGAUAGAGCAAAUUUUACCUGCUUUUGUAGAAGCUGCAAUAUCUGGUUUUGGUUUAGAAUUCAGUGAGCUUCGGGAGUACACUCAUGGGUUCUUCAGCAAUGUUGCAGAAAUUAUGGCUGAUGGCUUUGUGAAGUAUCUUCCCCAUGUUGUACCCCUAGCAUUUUCAUCCUGCAACCUUGACGAUGGGUCUGCAGUAGACAUUGAUGAAUCUGAUGAUGAGAAUAUUAAUGGUUUUGGUGAAGUCUCAUCAGAUGAUGAAGCUCAUGAUGAACCAAGAGUUAGAAAUAUCAGUAUAAGAACAGGGGUAUUGGAUGAAAAGGCUGCUGCAACUCAAGCUCUUGGCUUAUUUGCUCAGCAUACAAAAAGCUCUUUUGCUCCCUAUUUGGAGGAAUCACUGAAGAUUUUGGAGAGACAUUCUGGUUAUUUUCAUGAAGAUGUUCGGCUUCAGGCAAUCAUUGCUUUGAAACAUAUUUUAACAGCAGCACAUGCUAUCUUUCAGUGCCAGAAUGAUGGGUCGGUGAAGGCGAAAGAAGUUCUUGAUAUGGUGAUGAAUAUCUAUAUCAAGACCAUGACUGAAGACGAUGACAGGGAAGUUGUUGCCAAUGCUUGUAUGAGCAUAGCUGAUAUUAUCAAGGAUUAUGGUUAUAUGGCAUUAGAACCUUAUAUGUCUCGGCUUGUGGAUGCAACUUUGACUUUGCUUCGAGAGGAAUCAGCUUGUCAGCAAUUAGAGAAUGGGAGUGAUAUUGAUGAUGAGGAUGAUACUGAACAUGAUGAAAUUCUUAUGGAUGCAGUUUCGGACCUUUUACCUGCAUUUGCUAAGUCAAUGGGUUAUCACUUUGCUCCUAUAUUUGCAAAACUAUUUGAACCUUUGAUGAAAUUUGCGAAAGCUUCACGUCCUCCACAAGAUCGAACUAUGGUGGUUGCUUGUCUUGCUGAAGUUGCACAGGACAUGGGUGCUCCAAUUGCAAGCUAUAUUGAUAGACUGAUGCCCCUAGUGCUUAAAGAGUUAGCUUCGCCAUCAGCAACAAAUAGAAGGAAUGCUGCAUUUUGUGCUGGAGAGCUGGCCAAAAAUGGAGGAGAGACAACUUUGAAAUAUUACAAUGAUAUAUUGCGUGGGCUUUACCCAUUAUUUGGGGAAUCAGAGCCAGAUGAUGCUGUCAGGGAUAAUGCAGCUGGUGCUGUUGCAAGGAUGAUAAUGGUGCAUCCACAAUCCAUCCCUUUGAACCAGGUUCUUCCUGUUUUUCUGAGAGUUCUUCCAUUAAAAGAAGAUCACGAAGAGUCCAUGGCUGUUUAUAAUUGUGUCUCUAUGCUUGUCUUGUCAUCUAACCCCCUGAUACUCUCUCAUGUACCUGAGUUGGUAAAUAUUUUCGCUCAAGUUCUGGUAUCUCCAGCUGAAACCCCAGAAGUUAAAGCUCAAGUAGGAGGGGCAUUUUCUCACCUACUUUCAGUUUACGGACAAGAGAUGCAACCCUUACUAAGCAACCUUCCACCCGCACAUGCUAAUGCCCUCGCUGCAUUUGUCCCUAACAGCUGAUAUCUGAUCACUUAAGCUCUAAAUGUUUCUUUGUCAAGGAGAAUGAUCUAUCCCUAUUGUUUUGCUGAGAGGUAUUUGUUCGUACUCUGUCCAUUUCCAGCGACGCCUUCAUUUUCUGGUUUGAAGCUGCUGCUUGUCUUAUUUUUCUUUGAUGAGCAUACAUGUGCAUCUGCAUCUACGUCUGCCAUGGCGAUGUAAAAGUGUUUUUCUUGAACCAUUUGUUUUUUUUCUUUCAUGAUAUUGAUUAUUUUUUUUAUUCAAAGAAAAAAAGUUUGAAUCCUAUAUAAUAGGGUAGUAUGUUUUGUUCUGAGGUUGGGUGAUCAUGGUUGGUUUAUAAGGGUUUUUCGUUCCCAAAGUUUGUGCCUUUUCUUUGUAUAGGACGAUAAAUCUUUUGUUUUUUCAACAUUAUGUAUAAAUUAUAAAAAUCUACAUUUUUUUAAAAAUUUUUAAAUGAAUUUGGUGGUUGAAUCAA